AUGGCGGAUACGGGCCGGAAGCGCGCACGCUCGGAAUCUCGAUCUCAAUCACCCCCACGGCAGCGCAAACGACCAGGUGCUGCUGCUCGAAUCCCAGCCGCUGAGCGCGAAGCCGCUCGACGCCGCCAGCGAGAAAAAGAGGAGGAGGCUGAAAGAAGAGCUCACCAAGAAGCUGCCUCCAGAGGUGUUCACGAUGUCGUCAGGCAACAUUACAACAUGGUACCGGAACGCGGCCGUGAAUGGCGUGUAACAGACAGCAAGAUCAGGGGCUUGCGCAGCUUCAACAAUUGGGUCAAGUCGUCCACAAUCCAGAAGUUCAUUGGUGAUGAGCGGAAUCUGAAGAUACUCGACAUCGGAUGCGGAAAGGGCGGAGAUCUUCAGAAAUGGCAGUCAUCGCGCAAAGUCGAGCUAUAUGUCGGUGCGGACCCCGCAGACGUUUCCAUAUCCCAAGCGAGAGAGCGAUACGAGCAAAUGCGAAGGCGCCUUAGGCGGGGCCAGUAUCUGUUCCAUGCAGAAUUCUACACUAAGGACUGCUUCGGAGAAUGGCUAGGCGAUAUCCCCAUCAUCAAGGAGGUUGGCAUCGACCCUAGUGUUGGACCGGGGAAUGCGGCAAGCCAGCGGUGGGGUGGCGGCGGGUUCGACAUGGUGACCAUGAUGUUCUGCAUGCAUUACGCUUUCGAAAGUGAGGAGAAGGCACGGGGUAUGCUACGGAAUGUGGCCGGCGCACUCAAGAAGGGCGGUCGCUUCAUUGGAUGCAUACCAAAUUCCGAUGUACUCACAGCCAAAGUAAUAGAGCAUCACAAGGCUAAGGGCCACGGAGUUUCCGGCAACAACGCACCAGGCGAAGAAAACGAUCGGCCAACAUUUGCUAGCGACGAUGAGGAUGACCGGCCGACGUUUGCUAGUGACAAUGAGGAGGAAUGGGAUCCGGAGAAGAGUUUAGACAGCCCGAAGCCAAAGGAGAGCACGGAAGAGGGGGCGGAGAAGAAGCCAGAUGUUGAGAACAACGGAGAAGAAGCUAAAGAACAGGGCAAAGCAGAGGACGAGGGCUUUGAGUGGGGAAACAGCAUAUACCGCGUCAAGUUUCCAGGUAAAACUCCGAAAGACGGCAUUUUCAGACCGCCUUUCGGUUGGAAGUAUUUCUACUUUCUGGAGGAAGCAGUCGAAGAAGUGCCCGAGUACGUGGUACCUUGGGAGGCUUUCCGUGCCUUGGCGGAGGACUACAACCUGGAGUUGCAAUACCGGAAACCGUUCCGAGAGGUUUGGGAGGAGCAGAAGGAUGAUCCGAUUCUUGGGCCCUUGAGCGAACGGAUGGGAGUGAGGGACAGAGUAACUGGGAAGCUUUUGACGACCGAGGAGGAGCUUGACGCUGCUGACUUCUAUCACACAUUUUGCUUCUAUAAGGUAUAG